GGGGUUCAUCCAUUAACCCCACGCACCCCUGCCAAAACCCCCACCAUCCGAUAAACGAUAGUUAACCGCCAGGGCCCUGUCGCGCGACUCGCGCCGGCCCCCGCUGUCGGAGACAGGGCGAGCGGGCUCUCGAAUUUUUUUGCCGGCCCGGGCGGUGACUGACCGAGAAUAAGUCGGACGGACUUCCUUGCUCGACUUCACUACCUACCCAUCCUUCAUUCCACCCCCGUCGGUUCUGCUCGCUGCGUCAAUUCGAGAGUCUCGGUUUUCUUUUUCGGAGUUCCGUUCCGUUUCGACCUUUUUCCAUACACCAUAAAAAAAAACGCACACGAUGUCUCCUCCGAUGGCUGCCGCGCGGGAGAAGGAGUCUAACCUUGCAAGGUUGUUGGGGUCCGGUUCUGCCGGUAUCGCCGAGCUGGCUAUCUUCCAUCCCGUCGAUACUAUUGCGAAGCGCCUCAUGAGCAACGAGGGGAAGGUUGGCAGCAUGUCGAACCUCAACUCGAUCAUCUUCAAGGACAAGGCGGGCGCCUCGUUCGGGAGGAAAUUCGUCUCGCUGUUCCCCGGCCUCGGGUACGCCGCCGGCUACAAGGUGCUGCAGCGCGUGUACAAGUACGGCGGCCAGCCGGUGGCCCGCGACUACCUCACCACCCACUACGGCAAGGACUUUGAGGGCGCGUUCGGCAAGAAGACGGGCAAGGCGAUCAUGCACUCGACUGCGGGAAGUCUCAUCGGCAUUGGUGAGAUCGUUCUCCUGCCGCUCGACGUGCUCAAGAUCAAGCGCCAGACCAACCCGGAGGCCUUCCGUGGCCGUGGCGUCCUGGCGAUCGUCAGGGAUGAGGGGUUCGGCUUGUACAGGGGGUGGGGGUGGACAGCGGCGAGGAACGCCCCUGGAUCGUUCGCGCUCUUCGGUGGUUCGGCUUUCGCCAAGGAAUUCCUUUUCGGGCUGCAGGACUACAACAAGGCGACGUGGUUCCAGAACUUCAUCGCCUCCAUCGCGGGUGCGUCGGCCUCGCUGGUCGUAUCGGCCCCUCUCGACGUCAUCAAGACGCGCAUCCAGAACCGCAACUUCGAGAAUCCCGAGAGCGGCUUCCGUAUCCUGAGCAACAUGGCCAAGAACGAGGGCGCGUCGGCUUUCUUCAAGGGCCUGGUCCCCAAGCUCCUCAUGACCGGCCCCAAGCUCGUCUUCUCCUUCUGGCUGGCGCAGACAUUGAUCCCUGCGUUUGACACGGCCUUCAAGAAGUGAACGAGAAGGACGGAGCUCGGGCGGUAGUGAUAAAAAAAUACGGAGGGGCGAGGGUACGCGAAGGCGGCCCGUGUACAGUAUAUGCACGAUAUCAAGCGUAUGGUCGGAACGGAAUCUUGCUUUUGGCGUUGUGGGAAAACCGACGACGACUCUCAAUGCAGCGACGGCCGGCGGGUGGAUGGAUAGAGCGCUUGUCCGGUUGCUGCUCGGGACGCUUUGUGGCUCGGGCAGACGGGCGCAUUUGCCUUUGAUAUCGGCGGGCGACGAUUUCCUGUCGAUCGGCUUGUUUAUGGGAGGGAGCUAGAUCAUUUUUAGUAGAUAGAGUAUUAUAUCC